AUGUCUACUUCCACCCUCGCUCUCGCAACCUUCGUCUCUGUGGUGCUCUACAAAGCCCUCCGCGCCGGCUCUCGUGAGCGUGGUCUGCCCCCUGGCCCUCCCACAAGCCCCGUACUUGGGAAUAUCCUUCAAGUUCCCACGAAGGACGUGUUCCAGCGGUUUACAGAAUGGGCGAGGGAGUUUGGGGAAAUCUUUUCGCUCAAAGUGGGACCCAGCACGAUCGUCGUACUGUCUAGUCCAGCCGCGCUUCGGGAUGUUCUCGACAAACAGAGCGCGUACACAUCGGAUCGACCUCCCCACCCUAUCGCUGACGUGAGCUUUAUUCGCUUCAUUGAAUCCCAUGACUACCAAAUUGCAUCUAAUAUUGUUGCAGACGCCGACCGAUGGCGCGGCCUUCGCAAGGUCGCCCAAACACUUUUGGCGUCCACAGUUGUCAAACACUAUCUACCCUUGCAAGAAGCAGAGUCCACCCAACUCGUCUUUGAUGUCUUGAACUCGCCCGAUAAUUUCUUCGACCACAUCCAGCGCUUCAGCAACUCCAUCGUCACCGCCAUCAUUUUCGGCAAGCGCGUUCCCCGGCUCGAGACCCCCAGUGCCGUCGCCAUCACCGAGAUCACGACGCUCUGGGACCACUUCCUCGGCCCCGGCGCGACGCCGCCCGUCGAUGCCUUUCCGUUUUUACUAUGGAUCCCGGACUUCUUGGCCCCGUGGAUGCAGCAGGCGAAGAAGAUACGCAAGAUGCAAAGGGCGCUGUACCUUCAGUUUUUCGAUGAAUGUCAGCAGCGCGUGGACGCGAACGAUGGGGAGUUCUUCAUGGCCAAUGUAAUUCGGGACAAGGCUAGCCAUGGACUAGGCAGGGAUCAGAUGAGCCUCCUCGCAGGUUCGAUGUACGAGGCCGGCUCGGAGACCAGCGCUCUGUUCUUGCAAGCGCUCGUCAUACUUCUGGCGACGCAUCCAGAGGUGCAGAGGAAGGCGCAAGCUGAGCUAGACUCCGUCGUCGGACAGGGACGCCUCCCUGUCUACGAAGAUGGCGAGAAACUGCCGUACGUGCGCGCCAUCGUGCAGGAGACGCAUCGCUUGAAGACCCUCGUGCCUAUGAGCCUACCCCAUCGCGCGAUACGGAAUGUGCACUACAAGGGUUACCUGAUCCCUGAGGGAGCGACAAUAUUUGGCAAUCUUUACGCGAUCUAUCACGACCCUGAGCUCUUCGAAAACCCAGAGAGAUUCAACCCCGACCGCUACCUCCUCACCGAGCACGGCACGAAACCAGGCGUAGACGACAGCGACUUCAAAGCCUCCUUCGUCUUCGGGACCGGUCGUCGCAUCUGCCCCGGCAUGCACCUCGCUCCGACGACCGCCAUUCUGGCUGCUAUGAAGCUGCUCUGGGCGUUCGAGUUCCAUCCAGCCGUCGAUCCUACCACGGGCAAGGAAGUUCCGCUCGAUGUGCAUGCGCACCAUGGUGUGAGUGCUUUGAUUCUUUGA